AUGCAACUCUUAUCGUGGUCUAGCGCUGCCAAAGCACUUUUUGGUUUAACGGUUGCCAGAUUGCUGCUUGCCUUCCUGUAUCGGCGGCUUUACCGCCACUUAUACUACCACCCACUCGUCCCUGGCAGUGUGGCACUGAUUACUGGUGGAGGGUCUGGAAUGGGGUUGGAAUUUGCUCGGUACUUCGCCCGUGCUAGAUGCCACGUCGUACUGGUGGGGCGAGAUGCCGAUGCACUUCGAUCGGCGUUAGCGUCAUGCGUGGAAUUGGGUUCGCCAAGCGCAGAAAUGGUAGUUGCUGACUUGAACACGAUAGAGGGAACAAAUUUAGUUUGCUUUGGGCUGAGAGAUAUUAUAGAGCAGAAAAGGCUCCAUGGACAGUUUAGGUAUCUUGUGCUCAACGCUGGACUCGGUGCGAUUCUUCCCUUUUCCAGCGGCGUACACUUCUACGAGACGUGCGAGUCUGUAAUGCAGAUUAAUUACUUUGCUAACGUGCGGCUACUGCAGGGACUUCUCUCAUUGUUGGAGGAAACGCAUUCGGCGGCCAACCCCUCGCGUGUUAUUGUUGUGUCAUCACUGGCAGGCGUUUUACCCUCGGUCCUGCGUAGUGCUUACACUGCUUCCAAACACGCCAUACAAGGCUUUGCAAACGCGUUGCGUGGGGAGACGGAAGUGGCAAUAACUCUCUUUUGUCCCGGGUACGUCGACACCGAUUUCCACAGCAAGGCAACACUCAUCAAAGGCGAUGGUGCACCCGUGACAUCUCAUCGUCGUGGCAUGGCUCCGGAUGUAGCUGUUGGGAAGUGUAUGGAAGGCGUGUUGAGCGGUCGAUCAGAGGUGCUAACUCCCUUCGUAGGCAAGUUGGGCUACAUCCUGCGUCCCUUAUUUACCCGUUUGGUAGAUUCUAGGGCAAAAAAGAUGAGUCAUCGCUCUCUCCAGAAAUGA